UCAUGCUGCUGCCAAGUCCAGAGUCUGUCAUGGGUCCCUGUACGGCCUCCCAUUGCUGCUGUCUCCAUCGCCACACUCUGCCAUGUGCCACUUUCAGGUCUCCUCACACUGCUGGUGUGUUCCAUUUUUUGUCAUAGGGUGCUGGCAGAUUACGGGCCUCCCAUAGCUGCUGCCAGGCCCCUAAUCUGCCAUGGGCCCCUAUACCGCCUCCUCAUGCUGCUGCCAAGUCCAGAGUCUCUCAUGGGUCCCUGUACGGCCUCCCAUUGCUGCUGCCUCCAUCGCCCACACUCUGCCAUGUGCCACUUUCAGGUCUCCUCACACUGCUGGUGUGUUCCAUUUUUUGUC